AUGGUGGAUGCGUUCCACCACGGCACGCCGAAAGGCGCCGCCGGCGCCACGGUGGCCGCCUGCAUGCGGACGCCUAGCGACUGGGGCACCCCGCAGUACGCGCCGUCGCCGUGGGACCGCGCAGGCGCCGCUGGCCGGGCCGGCAAGCCCCACCCUGGCGGCGGCAGCGGCGAGGCUGCGGCGGUCGCCGGCGUCGGCCGGCAUGGUCCGCAGCAGCCGACCGCCGACGGCACGAUGCCCUGGGCCUACCAGCACGCGUUCGGGGACCUGGACGCCGCGCUGGGCGCCUGGAACGGCUGGGGCCACGAGCCCACGGGCAUGCCGCCCGCCCUCGGGGCGAGCUGGCCGGGCACCCUGGGCGGCCUGGGCACGCCGAUGCCGCCCUGGGCCGUUGCCCAAGCCGUGGCCGCCCAGAUGGACGCCCCGCAGCAGGUGCCGCCGCCCUGGCAGGCGCAGGCCGACUCCUCGGCUGUGCUCUUGCGAGGCCUCCCGCCCGACGCCACCGAGCAGGACGUGUUCGUCUUCUUCGCGAUGCACAACAUGGCCGAUCUCAUCGAGGAGGGCCAGGGCAAGGUGAGGAUGCUCGCGAAGUCCGGCUCGAAGACGUCGGGCGAGGCGGUGGUGUGGAUGCAGAGCUACUCCCACGCGUGCGUUGCGCUGAUGGAGCUGAACGGCCAGGCGCUGAAGGCGAAGGACAGCGCGGGCGGCGCCAGGACCAUCGAGGACGGCGGCGGCCCUCUCUGCGCGGCCCUCCCUGCCAUCCUUGCUACAGGCGCGGCCCCACUCGCUACGAUCUCCUGGCUCGAUGCUGUCUGA